AUGGAUAUCUCCGUCUUGGCCCAGCAGACGCCAACCAGUGGGGCCCGCACUAAAACCACGGUGGGUUGGGAGAACACCCAGGACAAGCAACAACCCAGGAACUGGAAGAUAGAACGUAAAUGGAUGGUUACCAUCAUGGUUCCCUGUUACAUCUUCAUUUCAUCCAUAUCAUCCUCGAUGAUGGCUCCCGGUCUCGGACGAAUUUCCACGAACUUUCGUAUUGAGAAUCAAAUCGUGUCGCAACUUAUGCUGUCGGUAUUCAUUCUUGCCUUUGCCAUUGGCCCACUGUUUUUCGGUCCCCCCUCGGAAGUGUACGGCCGUGUCCCCGUCCUCCCAUGUGCAAAUAUGAUAUUUCUUAUCUUCAAUAUCGUCUGCGGUGUGCAGACCAAGGCCCAAAUGAUAGCUUUUCGGUUCUUGGCAGGGAUCGGAGGCAGUGCACCACUAACAUCGGUGGGCAUAUUGGGAGACUUGUUUUCCCCGGAGCAGCGUGGCAAAUCCAUGGCAAUCUAUACGUUGGCACCGCUGCUGGGACCGGCGUUGGACCCAUAG